CAGCGGCACAGCUAGGAUUACUCUCGUGAUCUAAGACUCAGCCUCUAAGACAUUGCCGUCUAGAUUUUCUAACGUAAUUUUGUCCAAUCAACGGUGGAGACCUCGUAAGGCUCACGAUAUGUGCAUACUUUGCUCAUUUGAAGAAUCAUGUAGAACGGGUAGAAUAGCAAUUUCGUAUCGUCAUCGCCUUGCGGUCUGCGGCUUCGCGACCGGCUCUCGCCACGCGAGCACCUGAGCUACGAUCGUGAAGAGAGAUAUAAAGUCAUGGUCUCCCAACGAUCACAAAGGAUUAUUAGAUCCAUAAUAUUCAUUGAACCAAACCAAAUCAUCAAAGACUUACCUUACUAAGAUAUACAUACUACCUAAUAUCUAAUACCAAGACAUCGAAUCUACACCUCUUUACCAAUUACACUCCAUCCUCACUAUUACCAACCACCAUUAUAAAUCACCCCAUCCCCAUCUAAUAAUAAUAAUAAUGCUCACCUCACUCCUCACAACAACAAUCACCCUCCUUUCCCUAGCAGGAGCCACACCCGUCCCGCAAACCGCACAACAGCUCUCGCGCGCCAAAGCAUACCAGCUUCAAAUCCAACUCCUAGACCCGACCAAGGACCUCGACCCCUCAGUCGCCGGCUCCUUCAUCGGCACCGUGCACGUCGGCGCGGGCCAAAACGUCGCUGUGGCAGGAAGCCACAACGCGUCUGGCACUCCUUUCUACACUAACGGCACGGUUGCAGACGGCUACGUCGAUGUGCUUAAUGACCUCGGCACGCAGUACCCCUGGGGCUUUAAGGUGCAGGACCGGGACAGCAGCGACGCGACGUAUCCCGGCGAACACGACGUCGAGAUCGAUGUCGGCGGGGGCACGAACGGGGUCAGCUUGGUUACGAACGCUGAGGACGUCAGGUUGGGCGGGCUGAGCGCUGGGUAUUAUGCUGUGUGCGAUCGGUUUAUCGGGUACGUCAGGGGGAACCUUACGGUUGUUAAGUACGUGUAUGAGGGCGAGACGCUCCCUGAGGGGUGUGUUGGGAUUAAGUUCGUGCCGCUUUGCGCGGAGUUGAAUACGUUGCCCGAGGGCAGCGAGUGGACGCAUGAUUUUGUGCAGGAGGUGGAUUGUGUUGUUCCUUCUUAAGGCGCUGUAUAGAUGGCCUGGGUAAAUCGCGAGGAGGGUCUUUGGAUUAGAUGAAAGCCCGGGGAUAAUGGUAAUGUGUUAUUAUGAAGACGUGGGAUCACAUCGUGUGGGCGAAUGUACGUCACGUCUUAGGAGUUUAGGUAGUAUAGACAGACUCAUGAGCUCAUGAUAUCAUAGAUCUGAAGAGCUAUUGCUCUAUAUAGACAUAUAAUGCAAAUGGAUAUUGGA